GCAGGCCGGCAGCUAGGGUCUGGGUCACCCGGGGCAGACAGGGAUCCCGCGCCCACCUCGGCGCCCCGCCAGCGCGGCGCCCGGGGCACAUGCCCCGCUUGCCCCCCGCAAGUUGCGGCCCUGCUCCCAGGCCCGGGCUUAGCGCCCCUCGGCGCCCGCCGCCCUCGCCCUUCCUGCCGGGCUGCGCCUUUUGCAAGGAGCGGGCGGCUGCCCGCGGGGCGUCGACCUCGCCUUCGCGGUUGCCGGACGGCACGCGGUCCGCCCUGCUCCGAGGCCGGAGGCGAGCGCGGACCUCCCGCGGCCGGAGCGCCUCCCGGCUGCCCGGGCCGAGGGCGAAGGCCGAGGCCGGCGGGGGAGGCCGGGGGCGCCGCCGCGGAGCCGGAAGGGAGUCGGCCUCGGUCGAAGGAGGGCGCGUCUCCGUUCCGGGUGGGGCUCCGGGCCCGCCUCCGCCGCCAUCGAGACGGGCGGGGCCACCCGGGUCGGAGAUGGCGGCGGAGCCGGCGGCGCGGCUGCGGGAGGGCCUCCGGGCGGGCCUGCGCGGCCUGCGCGAGCAACACCGUGCCUGGCGGGGCGCGCUGGCCGCCUGCUCGCCGCUGCUGCGCGCCCUGGGCAACCUGGCCCGGCAGGCGGAGGCGGCGCGGAGGGUGGCCUUCGGGGAGACGCCGCUGCGGGCCUUCGCGCGCCUGCCGGAGCGGCUGCGGCUGAAGCAGCGGGCGGCCAUGGAGGCGCUGCUGGCGGAGCUGCGCCGGGAGAAGCUGCCGGCGCUGCGGGAGGCGCGGGACGCCGUGGGCGCGCGCGUGGCCGCGCUGCUGCUGCUGCUCGGGGGGCCCGGCCCGGCCCUCGCCCCGCGGCCCCCCGCGCCAUGCCCGCGUUGGGCCGACCUGCUGGCCGCGCUGCUGGACGCCGAGGCGCUCUACCACGCCGUCUAUCUGGAAGCUCAGCUGCUGCUGCUCUCGCUCCGGUACCAGGACCUGCCCGGGGUACAAGCGGCCCCCCAGGUCUGGGCGCGGAUAACGCAGCACGGCCGGCGAGGCCGCCUGGAAGACACCUUGCUGAAAGUCGUCUUCUUCCUGGAGGACACGUGGUGAGAGCACGCAGCUGCUCAUCUUGUGGAGAGAGAACAGGCGGCCCAGCCCAGCCGAGGAUCCUUCAGAAAGAGCUCGGCCAGCCCCCCAGGACAGGCAGGAGGCCUCUGUUCCAGGUCUGCCCCAGGAGAGCAGUGGGGAGCCCCACUUGGAAGGUUGGUUGACUGCUGCAGCCCAGGCUAAUUUCCAACCUGGAGACUUUUUUCCAACCUGGAGCACAGUUCUUAAUGGCAUCUGAACGUAAAUAAAAUUGAUUUUCUACCCUUAAGGUGCCCCUAUUCUCUUUUUAGAGCAGCGGGCAGGCCGGGGCCUGUUUAUAUGGCCUGUUUUUGCCAGAAGGAGUAGCUCAGAACUAGAGAUGGGUGCCCACAGAUGGGUUGGGAUCUCUCCCAGGAAUCUUCUGACGAGGAGUCAGU